AUGUUGGUGAGGGCGGGAGCGGCGGCAAUAACAACCCUGCCCGGGCUGCGCCGGUUGUGGUGGGGCGGGGGGAGCGGGGCCGCCGCCUGCUUCCCGUUGAGCCGGGCGCUGCUGGACGUGCGGGGCGCGGAGGCCGCCGUCUUCCUGCAGGGGCUGCUCACUAAUGACGUCACGCGGCUGGUAGCGGCGGGCGCCCCCCCCGCGGGGGAGGGCUCCCCGCCUGCGGCUGAUGGCGCCACCGCGGCCCUGCCGCGUGCGCUCUAUGCGCAUGCGCUCAACGUGCAGGGCCGCUGCCUGUAUGACGUCAUCCUGUACAGGCUUCAUGAGAGUCCAGAAGAGGAGCCACACAUCUUGAUGGAGUGUGACAGUGGCGUGCUGGAUGCCCUACAAAAACAUCUGAAACUGUACAAGAUCCGGAGGAAAGUAAACAUCACUCCUUGCCUUGACCUCUCUUUGUGGGCUGUUGCCACCAGGGAGGGGGCUGGAGACAUUGCCAGUUCCCUCACACAGUGUGCAGACCAAGCUCUGAUUUUAACUCCUGACCCUAGAACAGAAGUCAUGGGCUGGAGACUGAUUACAAAGAAAGGAGCAAAUCUAUCAGAGAUUAUCCCUGGAAGUCAUAUUGGAAACACUGAGGAUUACCACAGGCACAGGUAUAAACAAGGAAUUCCUGAAGGUGUGAAAGAUCUCCCUCCUGGAGUAGCCCUCCCACUGGAAUCCAACCUGGCCUACAUGAAUGGUGUCAGCUUUACCAAAGGCUGUUACAUUGGACAGGAGCUGACAGCCAGGACCCACCAUGUGGGCGUCAUUCGCAAACGUCUGCUGCCAGUCCAGUUCUCAGCUCCUCUUCCCCAGGACAGCAUUCCCGAGGGGACUGAAAUCUUAACCCAGUCAGGAAAGUCAGCUGGCAAGUUCCGUGCUGGAAGAGGUGAACUUGGCAUUGCUUUGCUAAGGUUAGCUAAUGCUAAUGAACCACUCAGCCUCAACCUAGCAGGGCAUAAAGUAAAGCUCACUGCAAGUAUUCCCGAGUGGUGGCCAAAUAAUUCUGGUAAAUAAAUGAGGAAUUUAUUGCAUAUUUGCCUUAUUGAGAUUAAAUUUUGUGGGAUGAGUUUGGGAAGGCAACUGUGCCCUCAGCUGCUGUUUGUGGUGUUUGAUGGUGAGGGGCUGUUACAGGAUUCUUUAGGACUGAAGAACAGGAACCCAAAACUGUUGUACACAUGGAAUGUUUCUGUUCAAAACAACCAUUUAGCAGUGUUCUGAUGGGUUUUGUUAACAGACAUCAUGCUGCUCUUGCCUUGCAGAUGAUUCAUACUCAGGCUGAAGUGAGCAGAUCGCUCCUUGCACUGAGAUGCUUCUUAAACUUGCUGAUUCUUGGGGUUUUUUUCCUCCCACUCUUAACUGCUGAUUCUGUUCAGGAAGAGGAAUACCUGGUAGUCCACAUUUCAGACUUGGAUUCCCUGGUGGGAGAGCUCUCAAAGAUCCUGGUUCACCAGUUCAGCACCAGCAGCAGCCAGCUCCUCUGGCACACCUGACCCUGGUCCUGCACAAUUCCUUCCUUAGAUAACCGUUUCAGAGAGGGAAGUGUUACAGAGAUAAGGUUCACUGGUGCCUGCCCUGGGUGACUGUUGUAUAGGUGUGCUGGUGCUUGGCAAACAUAUGUCUCAGCAGAAGUGCACCCUCCAGUUGCCAACAACAGUUGAGGGGUGGAUUUUUUUUUUUCCUGGCAUCAACUUCUUUGUUUUUCCAUCUUGUGAAAAAUCUUCUGCACUUCCGUGAAGCCUUUGGCAGGAGUUACCUCACCGGUAGCUCCAGCCUGUACCCCUCUUAGACCUUUGCUCCAUCCCCGAGCUUUUAGCUGCAGUCCCUGGAGAAAGGGGUUAAUGCUCCUGGCUAAGCCUGAAGUUCCUGAGGGUUUUCACCACCAUGAUUGUUCUGAGAGCUCUUUGUAUACAAAACCGUAUCCCUUCUGCUGUCUCUAGCUGGGAUUUUCUCCAUCCACCAUCCCCUGUGGGACUUAAGAGCAGCCCAGUACUUCAGCCUUUCUUUACUGCUCUUUCUGGCUCCUGCUGCUCUUCUUUCUUCACACUUGCUCUUGCUUCUGCAGUGUCCCUCUUUGCUUCCCCAAAGCCAACCAGCUCUGUGCCUCCUCAGCUCUUCAGCCUGCAGGAAUUUCCAGGAGCCCUCUUGGAUUGGGAUGUGUGUGUGUGUUAGGGCAUGAUGAGAGUGAAGCAGGCAAGAUCCCAGGGAGACUGGAAAAAAACCCUCUUGUGUGCAUAUUUGUGACAAAAACGUCCAGAUCACAUUAUGACGUUACUGUGGAAGGAAUUUAUCUGUGAAAAAAAUGCUCAUAUUGGUUAAAACUUUAUGCUUGCUAUAAAAUGAGUU